UGCCCGGGGUUGCCGAGUUCGCCGCCUCAUUCAAAAGCCCUAUUACAAGUUCUCCUCCCAAGUGGAUGGCUGAAUUAGAAAAUGAUGAUAUCGAUAUGUUAAAGGAGCUGGGGAGCCUCACUACAGCUAACCUGAUGGAGAAGGUUCGUGGCCUGCAGAACCUGGCUUACCAGCUGGGACUGGAUGAAU